ACUUGCCAGGUGGAGCAGACGCCCAAGCCAGCGAAGACACGGAGCGCACCCGCACCGCUCUGGGUACUUCCCCUCACUGCUUGUCUCCGGAUAGAUCUGAACCGCAGUCCCACGCGACUCCAGGACCCACUCGCCACUGCCGCCUCCACAGCACCCAUGGGGACCUGGAGACUUUAAAAGGAGUUUGGGGUUUCGGGCGCAGGGAAAUCACGGAUCUCAGUUGCUGGCCCUGGCCUCGCCGCAUCAUUGAUGGGCAACCAACUGGACCGCAUCACCCACCUCAACUACAGCGAGUUGCCCACUGGGGACCCAUCUGGGAUUGAGAAGGACGAGCUGCGAGUCGGGGUUGCCUACUUCUUCUCGGAUGAGGAGGAGGACCUGGACGAACGCGGGCAGCCGGACAAGUUUGGUGUGAAGGGGCCCCCAGGUUGCAGCCCUUGCCCAGAGAGCCCCAGCCGCCACCACCACCACCUGCUGCACCAGCUCGUCCUCAACGAGACUCAGUUCUCCGCCUUCCGGGGCCAGGAAUGCAUCUUUUCCAAAGUGACCGGCGGCCCUCAGGGCGCCGACUUGAGUGUCUACGCGGUCACUGCGCUGCCCGCGAUCUGCGAGCCGGGCGACCUGCUAGAGCUCUUGUGGCUACAGCCGGCGACCGAGCAGCCGGCGCCAGCCCCUCACUGGGCCGUCUACGUGGGCGGCGGGCAGAUCAUUCACCUGCACCAAGGCGAGAUCCGCCAGGACAGCCUGUACCAGGCGGGCGCGGCCAACGUGGGCCGGGUGGUGAAUAGCUGGUACCGCUACCGCCCGCUGGUGGCCGAACUGGUGGUGCAGAACGCCUGUGGCCAUCUGGGUCUCAAGAGUGAGGAGAUCUGCUGGACGAACUCCGAGAGCUUCGCUGCCUGGUGCCGCUUUGGAAAGCGCGAGUUCAAGGCGGGCGGGGAGGUCCCCGCAGGAACGCAGCCUCCGCAACAGCAGUAUUAUCUCAAGGUGCAUCUGGAGGAGAACAAAGUCCACACGGCCCGGUUCCACAGCCUGGAGGACCUCAUCCGCGAGAAGCGUCGCAUAGACGCCAGUGGCCGCCUGCGAGUGCUGCAGGAGCUUGAGGACUUUGUGGACGACAAGGAGUAGCCUCAGAGGGGCAGCUCGGCGCGCCAGUUCCCACGCCCGGAGUUCCCUUCCAGUCCCCGCAGUUCUGCACCCCACGCCCCCAACGCGCCCGCCCAGGGCCAGCGGCUGGAAGCUUCAGGAACCACCCACCCACCCCACCCCCGCACUGGGCGGGCGCAGCUGCGCGCCCCUAAGACAACCCUGGUGUUGGUGACCAUGCCAGGGUAACCCAGCCUGCACCUCUCCCCCGGGUUGCGAAGGGAAAGCGGGAGUGGGCAAAAAGGGGAGCAAGGAACACUACCUUUUCAGCGAGCCAAUGGUCAGUGACUCUUCAGCAGACAGGGCAAAUAUCCUUAUCCUUAGUCGCGGGGAACCAUCACCACCACCCCCAGAUGCGCACACACAGACCAGUCGGAGGUGAGAAUUGGUCUUUUCGGGACACAAUUCAACUCCCAAGUGGAGAGUGGAUGUGUCCCCUAAUAUCAGAAUUCCCAUGAAACCGAGCCUGUCUCUGUAAUUGGGAGCACUUCAGGGACUCCAGGUUACCCUGAGGCUGCCUGGAACUGUCUCACAGCUCUCCAGCCCAGAGUUUCCUGACAAAGCAUUCCAGGCUCCGGGCUGAGCUAGAUUGGUUUGGCUUCUCCGUUUGUACAGCUGGAAGCAGAUGCCAUCCCCCGCUUGACCGAUACUGCCAGAAGGAAAGCCUUCUGCGUCCCGGGAGGAAAAUGGCCGAUGCACCUCUUUGGGAGAGGAGAGCCUGCCAGCUCCGGAAAAGGAGCUAAUUCACCUGGCGCGUGGGCACUUGAACUUAGGAAAGAGGAGGCUUUUUGCUCGGAAGCCCUAGACUGCUUCCCUUCUCACUCAGAGUCCUGUUUACCAAGGAACUGAAGGAGAGAGAGAGAGAGGCAGAAAAGAUCUACAACAUUCCAGAAACCAGCAUUAGGACAGCCUAGCCAGUGUCUUUUAGUUUGGCUUUUCCUAAUUAGAAGAUCUUAGAAGGCAGGGGGCAGGUGGAGAUUGUAAAAUGAAACAGCAGUUUUCCAACAAUAUCAACAAAGCCUACAGUGUCGACGCUUCUCUUGAUCAUUUUUAGCAACAUGCUAAUGAAAUUUCAAAUUGAAAUUUUUAUUUUCAUGGCUUUAAUCCAUGAUAGCUUAAAUACUGGGGGCCAUUAGGAGUGGAAUUUAGCUAAGACCUUAGCUGACAUUGCUUUCACUCUGGGUUUUCUCAACUCUUAGGAGAAUUCUGUUUGGGGAUAUUAUAAUUAUUCUUUUUUUUUUUUUUUCUGGCUUUACAAAGCAGGCCGGCAAUAGUGGAGC